AAAAAAAAAAAAAGCCGCGAAAACCGCUUCAGGCCACAAACGCGCCUGUGUGUCGGUUCGUCUGAGCGCGAGACAGCAGAGCCGUAUCCCGACUCCAGGACACACGGGGCGGGCCGGCUCGACGAACGCGGCGAACAGUGUCCGCUACCGCUACAUUUUUAAAACUAUGUCGACUUAGUUAUUUGUUGAAAGUGCUGUGACGCUAGUCGUAUAUCGUUUCAGAUACUUAACUGGAAAACAAGAGUGGCUCUGUUCAUGGAACGACAACUGUUAACCGUUAACUGUUAAGCGUUACGGGCACCACAAUGGCGCCGAUGUCGUCAUCAUAGUGAGACGUUUGUUUGUAGCACGUCGCGUCACAUUUUCGUCACUGUCAAAUCAGAUGGGGACACUAAAAGAGCUGCUAAAACUGUCCGUAACUUUGACCUGGACUGUGCUUCAUAUUUUUUGAUUCUUGGAUUUCGGAAAAGUUGCGGUUUCCCUUCUUGGUUUCACGUGUCAAGGCGGAAAGUGGCUUGUAAAUUAACCACAGUAAUCUCGGCGCUGAACAAUGCGCAGCGAGCUCGAGGAUAGAUGCCCUGGGACAAAGGAACACCAGCAACGAGGACCCCAUGUCUUUCCUGGACUGCUCCUGUAUUUCCCACACCCAGGUCCAGCCUUUCAGCAUAGAGGAUCGCUAUGAGGACAUCAGCCAGCAGUACUUGAGCAGUGAUGGUUCAACAUGUGCCCUAAGUCGGACAGGCAUCAGUGAUGACAUCACAUCCCUCUCCACUGAAGCCUCUCAUUACCAGCUACUCUCAGAGCUGGGGCGGGGCUUCAAUAACCUGAGCCAGGUGUGCAUGGCACGGCACACGCCCACUGACAAGCUGGUGGUGGUCAAGAGCACCAACCUGGACGAGUGUACUGAGGAUGAGCUGCUGCAGCUUUUGAAUGAAGUGCUGCUGUGCCGACUUUUCCGCCACCCAAAUCUCCUGACCUCGCGGCUUGUCUUCAGCUUCUGCUGCCAGCUCUGGGUGCUCACACCACUCAUGAGUUACGGCUCUGCAGAUGCCUUGCUCAGGACCUACUUCCCAGAUGGAAUGAGUGAGUCCUUGAUUGCCUACCUACUCCAUGGUGUCCUGAGGGCCCUGGAGUACCUGCAUGAGAUGGGAUAUGUUCACAGAGGUGUGAAGGCCAGCCAUAUCCUGCUAUCUGGCGAUGGGCGUGUGUACCUGUCUGGACUCCACAGUGUGUACAGCAUGAUGCGGGAUGGGAAGAGGGUGCAAACGGUGUUUGAUAUGCCUCAGAAUAGCCCCUCUUUGCUGCCCUGGCUCAGCCCAGAGUUGCUCCGACAGGACCUGCACGGAUAUGGUGUGAAGUCAGACAUCUACAGCCUGGGCAUUGUGGCCUGUGAACUGGUCAGCGGGAGAGUGCCCUUCCAAGACACACACCCCACCCUGAUGCUGCUUCAGAAACUGCGUGGGUCCCAUUGCUGCCUGCUUGAUGUAGCCCCCUUUCCACUGGGUGAGAUGGGGGGUCUCAAGGUGUCCCGCUCUGGUGUGGACUCCGGCAUUGGUGAGAGUGUCGCCACAGGAAGUCUAACCCGGAAUGCCACCACAGACCGCCCUCAAAGCCCGGCGCCAAAGAACCACUCAGCCACUCUUCACAACUUGGUCCAGUUAUGUCUGCAGCCGCAGCCAGAGCGAAGACCAUCUGCCACGGCACUGUUGACUCACACCUUUUUCAGACAGGUUAAGAGACACACCAGAGACUCAUUCCUCAGCCUCAUGUAUCCUGCCAUGCCCCUCUCCAGCCCUCCAGACACACCAGUGUCCCAUCCUCUUGCGCCAUCCUGUCACACCCAUAGCCCCUCUGCCAACUCCCAUGACAGUGUUUGGGACUUCUCCUAACCCUCCCAUCUCCAGUUGUGCCUCUCAUCAACUUCCAGCUCCUCUAUUGGAGUAUCAACACCACAGACCCGUCUAGGUUUUUUUAAUGUUAUUUUAUUUCCAGUUUCCUGAGUUCUUUUGUGUAGUUCUUGUCAACCUGGGUGUGCUGACAUCACCUGAACGAAGGAGGGAGGUGAUGGUCAUGUCACUUCAGACCUGUCAAGCAGCUCUUUAACCCCGCGGAGAUGGCAUUAAAAACUGCAAGCUACAUGUGAAGUGCGCAAGGCAGUUGGUCUGGUUUGUACAACUGCCAGGAGGCCUCGUUCCGAUCUGUCUUUCACCAGACAGACGCUGUUUUAUGGUCUACUCUUCUUUCACUGUGUCUUGACACCAGUAUAGGAACAGCAGUGCUGUACGUUGUGACAAACCCACCUUAUGAUGCCUUUGAUAUUAUACAAAAACAUUUUAUUGUAUUACUACCUUUAUACUGUUGAAGAAGACACUGUUAUAUCUGUCCAUUUUAUAAUCUGUGUCUAAAGGACUUGUUGUCUGGCAUAUUUGACCAUAAAAUAUAUAUGUA